UUACCACAUCGCACAUCACAUCCCUCUAAAAUUCCCAAUCCUCAAGUGAGUCCGUGUAGAGAGAAAAGGGGAAAAGAUGGAGAUUCGCGUGAGGUGCAGCUGCGGAGAAGGAAGCUGCGAGGAAUGGGGCAUUGUGGAGCUUCAAGGAGUGGUGGAGCCUCAGCCAGGAUUCCACGAUUCCCUCCCAAAUCUCCACAUCGGUACUCUCUGUCGUCCUUCUUCUCAGGAAGUGUAUACCUUCACUGUUGGAUACCACGAACUGACAGGGUCAAAGGUUCCCUUGAAGAAGCCAAUGGUGGUGCUCAAGAAAGUAAAGCAUCCUGAUGGAGAAAGUGGGUGUAAGGUGGAGCUGCAAGUUGUUGGCGUCAUUAGACAUAAGAUUCUGUUCAAGAACAGACCAAAGGCUCUCAUUUCUAAGCCACAGAUGGGAUCGAGGGAAAGACAAAAGCCUAUCAUGUUAGGCUCUUCCCCUUAAAUCAAGCUCCCUUAGACUCAAUGUCCUUUCAUUUGGUGAAACCAUGUUAGACUAGAAGACUGGAGAAAUUGGAGGCACACUUGUCAUCCCCUUUUCAUACGCUGCAACCCAAAUUCAGCCAAAGUCUUGACCCAUAUUUGUAAUCAUAGCAACCACAUGUUAUAUAGAGUGCCAAUAAUGGCAUAAGUGAUUGUGAUUUAUCAUUACGAGGAGUUUGAUGCGUCAUUAUCUUGAUUUGUGUUUUCGUGUGAAUAUGCAAAUGACAUUAAUUAAACUAAACCUUAUCUGAAUUUGUCUUUGCCACGAAACAGAAAACUAGUUGGGUGAUACGCAUAUAGGUUCA